AUGUCUGGAGGGACCUCAACUACUGCUGUUAGACACGUCGACGGGGAGGGCUUGAAACGGGUGUUAGGUGAAAACCGCCUCGUGGUGAUAAAUUUCUGUGCGCCAUGGUGUGGGCCUUGUCAUCUGCUGGCGCCCAAAGUAGAGCAGCUAGCCAAGCAACACCAAGACGUAGUCUUUGUGAAGGUGAACAUUGACGAAUGCGAGGACGUCUCCGCCGAGUACAAUGUCUCUGCCCUGCCCACUCUCAUAGCUGUACGAAAUGGACACAUUGUUGGCCGCGUGGUUGGGGCCAGUGAGGCGGACCUGCAGCAAAUGGUCAAUGCUAGCUGCGAUUGA